AUGAAACCAGUUGCACUGGAGGCAAAUAUUAAGCCGCCUGGACUGCAUCAGGCUGUUCUAAAUAAUCGUCCGGUACGACUUGAUGCGUCAGACAGCAAGGAUCCAAACACUGGGGAUAAUUCAGGUCUCAGUUAUGAGUGGAAGUGUAAGCCAGUAAACUCAUCUCAAAACGUGUGUCACUUUGGGUCACGACAGAAUAUGUUUCCACUCAAAGGACCAGUCCUGGAAAUACCAGAGAACACAUUGCCUGUACAGAAGACAUUCAACAUCACAGUUAGGGUGAGCAAACCACGGAUACCUAGUGGGACAGCAUCAGUGAUCAUCUUUGUCGCCAGUGGAACCAAGCCAGAGGCCAACAUAACGUGUAAUUUGAACUGUAUUACUAACAAAGUCAUUCCAUCUAAACUUCUGGCACUGGAAGUAAAUUGUGAAAACUGUGGGGCAUUUGCAAUAGUCAUAUCAGCAUAUGUAUGGAAACUAUGGAAACAGACAGAUCUCUUACCGAUGAAGAUACUGCCAUUGUCAGACUGGGUGUCCAAGUCGCCGACUGGAUACAACAAAAAAUCAGUGGUCUUGCCACCAGGGACACUCAAUGCAUCUUCCACCUACCAGUUUGAUCUUCAAAUUUUCUAUAACAAGAAUGCAUCAAAGGUGAAACUUGAAUAUCGGUUUCGUACCAACCAGCCUCCUGAAGGCGGAUCAUGUUCUGUAGAUCCGACGUCUGGCCAGGCUCUCAUCACCAAAUUCACCGUGUCCUGUCCUGGGUACAAGGAUAAUGACUCACCUUUAACAUACAGUGUCUACCUGAAGAAGAAAGGCAAAUCAGAUACUCUCUUGUAUCAAGGAAACGAAGAAACAACUAGUUUAAUACUUGCUGCAGGGCUACCACAGUCCAACUCGUGGCUCGAGUUAACAGUUUACAUUUCAGACUCUUUGGAUACCAGCACAAUAGUCUCGUUAAAAGUGCAGGUUCAGACCCCAAAGGAUGAUAAAAAGCCAUUUCUAGAAUGGUUGAAUGAUGUUUCUAAGGAAGCUGUUCAAGAGAAACCAUCAGAUUUUCUUCAAAGAUCAUUGGGUAUUGUGGAUAUGCUUGAGACAGUAAAACCAGGAACAAAUGCAACUGCAGAAAACGAACUGGAAACAAAUAUUCGUGAGCGGUUGCUCGACAAUCUUGAGAAUGUUAAAGAUGCAGAUAAAGGAAUGCUUCUUCAGAUGAGUGACCUUGUAAACAAGUUAAUUGCACAGAAAGGCGACAUAUCGCCUACAAUGGAGGCAUCCGAAAUUAUCAGCAAUGCAUCAAAGAAUAGUAACCUGAAAAUUAUUGUUCUGAUGCUCAGCAGUUAUCACACAUUCAUGAAUGUAUUUGGAGCAAUUGGAAGUUUGAACAACAUUAUUCGAAGCAGUGAUCACUUCUGGGCUCACCUUGGAUCAGACCUGGUGAUAGAGCAGACAUUGAUGAGACCUCUAAAGAGUACUGAUGGCCUGACAAGAGGAAGUGGAAUGACAGAAGAACAAACGUGCAUUAUGGACAAUGUCUUCCCCCAUAUCUUCAGAAUACAAUGA